AAAAAAAACAUCCUCGUUCAUACACAAGUAGUCCCCUCAAUUUCCUCCGCAACCUCAUGGCCAACCAUCAACUUCCGUCCGGGACCGUUAUCGCCUUCCUCCUCCUAGCCAUUGCGAUCACAUCCGCGUCCUCAGCGCGAAUCCUCGACGAGGAGGUACCGGCUGUCGUCCCCGCCACUGCACCCGUGGCACCCGAUUUGCCAGGAACCCCUGUUCCCACCGCAACUCCCGCGGCCGGGGUUGCGGCCACCGCCUCCCCAGGUGAUCACCCCCUGACCUUCUUCAUGCACGACGUGCUGGGCGGCACGAACCCCACGGCCAGAGCCAUGACGGGAAUCGUGACCAACCCGGCCGUCAACGGUCAGGUACCCUUCGCCAAGCCGAACGGCGCGGUCCUUCCCGUCAACAACGGCCUCCCGGUCAACAACGGGAACAGCGGGGUCAUGAACAACAACAACCUCCCCUUCCUCACCGGCCUGGGCGGAGGCACUUCCGGCGUGAUGCAAAACAACAACGGGAACAACAACUUCAACAACGGGGGGUUCGGUUUCCCCGCCUUGAACGGAAUCAACCUCCCCUCGGGGACCGCCCUCCAGAAGCUCAUGUUCGGGACGCUGAUGGCUUUCGACGACGAACUGACCGAGGGGCACGAGGGGGGUUCCGGUCUGGUGGGGAAGGCUCAGGGGUUUUACGUGGCGAGUUCCGAGGAUGGGAGCAGCCAGACUAUGGCGUUCACCGCGAUGUUUGAGAGUGGGGGUUACGCGGAUAGCAUCAGCCUUUUCGGGGUUCAUAGGACGGUUGUUUCGGAAUCGGUGCUGGCGGUUAUGGGGGGAACCGGGAAGUAUGUGAAUGCCAAGGGGUUCGCAACUGUGAAGACGUUUCCGGGUCUAAACGGGCUGUUUAAUACCGAUGGAGGAGCUGAGACUGUGGUGCAGAUCAGUUUGUUCUUGACUUACUAGCUGGUGUGUGUUUGUGUUUGGAUGUGAUGGUGGUGGUUUGUUCUUGUGUUGUUGAAAUUUGUUUGUGAGAUGUUUGAAUGCUGAAAAUCCUUUGUUCUUGUUGAAA